AUGAUAUAAUCCACAAUAGUUAAUUCAAGUGUGCAGAUUUAUUUGAAAAAAACAUUUUCCCUCUAUUAUUACCCAUUAGAAUCAGGCAAAAUUCAUGAAAAAAUUAAACAAAUAGAUAUAGUUAAUUUCUCUUUCAAUUAAAACAAAAUUGAUUUCACAUCUACUUAUGAAAAUAUAAAUAAACUGAUUGAGUAUUAUAUUUAAACUAAUGAUGUUCAAAUAAAUUACUCCUCAGAUGGUUUACAUAGUGCUAUUAUUUGUGCAUUUUUAAUCUAAAAAAAUUUUGAUUUGGAUAGUGCAUAAAAUGUAAAAAAGUUCUAUUAAAUUAAGUUUAUGGAUAUUUUACAAAUUUAGAGGCCUCGUACUUAUUAUUUGAAUAGUUUGAAAGAAUAUGAAGAUAAAUUAUAUCCUGAACCAAAAUUAAAUAGAAGUUCAAUUAUUAUAGGAACAUAGAUUGAUUUAGAAUAAACCUUAUAGAAUUCAAUGAUUUAAUCAGAAAUUCUUAAUUUCCCAAUUUUUAGUUAAAGAUUAAUUGAAACUUCAAGGUACAAAUUUAAAUUUACAUUAGUAACUCAUAAAUUCUCCCAUCUGAAUAUUAAGCAAAAUCUGAAAUAUUUGAUUAAAAAUAAUUCAGUAUGAUUUCAUUUGGAUAGUAAGAUUAUUAAACUGUCUGUGAAGAACCUUAAAUUAAUUAAAUUUAAUAAUCGCUUAUUUAGAAUAGAAAAUUAUGA